UCCCGGCGGCGGGUAGGAGGAAGAGGGGUUUCCGCUUCCGGCUGGAGUCGGAAGCCACUGUUUCCCGGGUGAACGAGGCAGUCGCAACGAGUGGAAGCGAGCGGGCACAUCUGAAGAGAGAUUCAGAAAUCUGCAUUUCUGAGCACCCCGCAGGCGAUUCCGUUAGGGUGGUACCCAGGGCCAGGCUCUGGGGAAACAACACCGCCCGAGCAGGUUUGCCCUCCUACAGACAUGGGGCGCAGAAAGUCCAAACGGAAGCCACCUCCCAAGAAGAAGAUGACAGGCACCUUAGAGACCCAGUUCACCUGUCCCUUCUGCAACCACGAGAAGUCUUGUGACGUGAAAAUGGACCGAGCCCGCAACACUGGAGUCAUCUCUUGUACCGUGUGCCUGGAGGAGUUCCAGACGCCCAUCACAUAUCUGUCAGAACCAGUGGACGUGUACAGCGAUUGGAUAGACGCCUGCGAGGCAGCCAAUCAGUAGCGAUGCCGAGGGCCCACUCCCGUGGCGGUCCCGCCUGCCAGAGACCUGCCCCACUGGGUACCAAUCCAGAGACAUUCCAGGGUCCGGGGUGUGGGUCCAGGGCCUUCACAGCCUUCUGUGUGUAUGGAGUGGGUGUGUGUGGGUGUGUGUGGCUGCAAGCGUGGCCGUGGCGGCGUGCCUAUGGGCACAGACUGGAGUUGAGGCGGGCUUGUUGGGGCCGCCUGGGGACCUGAAGGGCUCAGAAAGCCAGGGCUCAGAAAGCCAUCAACUUGAUUCUGCGCCUCCUCGGGGCCGUGUCCUGACGUUCGGGGCAAGGACAAGCCCAGCAGAGGCUGCCUUGGGACUCUAGCCUCCUCGCCCACCUCACCAGCAUCUCGCCCCUAUGGACUGGACCGCCCCCCUCCUUCCCUGCCUUCCAAGGCCUAUGGCCGGAGAUUCAACACCACAGCCCCACAGGCCCCUUGGCCGGGCCCUGGCAGAACAGCCCCUUUCUAAGUUUAGUUGCUUUUGCAGAGGAGGAGGGGGCUGGGUCGGGGAUGGCCACCAGUCACGAGCCCCUGAAUAAAGCAGCUGAUGCAAAC